CUCUUUUAUAGCCCACACAUGCUAGGGCUCAAACCACAAAACGACAGCUCUCCCGUCGUUUUGGUUUCUGCGACACUCAACAAGAAAGAGAUCUUCCACUCUUCAUCUUCAAAUUUCCUGUUUAUUUCAACUUCAACAAUCUGAAACCCCCAAGUUGACUUUUCUGAUUCCCGAGAGAGUGAAGAGAAAAUGAGAGAAAAUGGAGCUUUGAAUGGUAUGUUUUGCGUGGUGUUGGUUUCAGAACAAUGAAAAACUCCGACUCUAAGUUUCCAUGUAAUGAAAAUCUAUUGAAUUCUUUUAUUUUCCUGCGUUUUCUCAGUACCCAAACAGAGUGUCAUUGAUUCGAUUGUAUUCUGCUUCUGAUGAUAGUCUGUCCGUUCUGUUCAAUCGACGUCUUUUACAGAAACUCUUAACGAAUAAAAUUUCCUUGUCUUUUUCUUACAUUUUCUCAGCAACCAAAUUAGAGGAUCUAUGAAUAGUGUCUUUUUUUUUUUUUUUUUGUGUGUUUGAUAAUAUGAUUUCUUUUCGUGGAGGUUGUUUGAGGUAUCUUUAUCAUUAUAGAAAUUCUAUGAAUCAAAUUUUCUCUAAAACCCUAUCUCACAAUUAUUUUGCAAACCCGAUAACUUUCACAAAUCAUACACCUCCCUCAUUGUAUUCUCCAUCCAAACACACUAUUCUUCCAUGUCAUUUCCAUCACAUUAUUCACAAAUUGAAUCCUAAACAAUCCAUGACUCAAACCCGGAUCGACACAAGUUUGUACAAAUACCCCAGCCUUUUGUUCUGUUGUUCUUAUUCAAAUGUAGCACCAUCAAGAUCCUUUAGAAGGAGAGCUAGUAAAAGAUUGAAAGCUAAUACCAAACCUCGGCUUGAUGAAGCCCAAUUUCACCAUGCCAUAUCACAGCUUCCCCCAAGAUUCGGUCCCGAGGAAUUAUCCAGAAUUUUAAGUCUUCAAAAAAAUCCUGUUGUGUGUUUGGAGAUAUUCAAUUGGGCAUCACAACAGCCUAGGUUCAGGCAUGAUGUUUCGACUUAUCACGUUACGAUAAAGAACCUUGGUGCUGCAAAAUUGUACCAAGAGAUGGAUGGUGUUGUUAACCAAGUGCUUGCUGUUCCUUAUAUUGGUUCUGAGGCCCUUUAUAAUUCGAUGAUAUAUUACUUCGUUGAAGCCCAGAAGUUGAUUAGAGCUGUAAAUAUAUUGAACCACAUGAGGAGUCGCAGAACCUUGGAUUGUAGGCCUUCGGUCAGGACUUACAAUAUCCUCUUUGCAGCAUUCUUGAGGAGGGGAAACAAUUCUUAUAUAAGCCAUUUGUAUAUGGAGCCUGUUAGACGUCUUUUCAAGCAAAUGAUCGAUGAUGGAGUUGAACCUGAUGUUUUCUCUUUGAAUUCCAUGAUUAAGGGCUAUGUGCAUUCUCUUCAUGUCAAUGAUGCCCUUAGAAUAUUCCAUCAGAUGGGGGUAGUUUUUAAUAACUGCCUGCCGAACUCGUAUACAUAUGAUUAUUUGAUCCAUGGGUUAUGUGCCCAAGGCCGAACAAACAAUGCUAGGGAGUUAUAUGAUGAAAUGAAGAGAAAAGGUUUUAUUCCAAGCAGCAAGGUAUAUAAUUCGCUUGUGAAUGCUUUGGCUCUUGGUGGCCAGGUUGAGGAGGCAGUGAAUUUUCUGCGGGAGAUGUUUGAAAAGCACAGGUCAGCUGAUUUCAUUACAUACCAGACAGUCUUGGAUGAGAUGUGCAGACAAGGAAGGACUGAGGAUUCCAUGCAGUUAUUAAAGGAGCUGCAAGAGAAAGAGCUUGUUGAUGGGCAUACUUACAGGAAACUUCUCAAUGUGCUUGAAGACGACUUUGGAAAUUCGAGUUACAGAAACAGAUUCAGGUAAUGGGAACUAGAAGCCUUUUAUGUGAUUUAUGUUUACUCUUGUUUUCUUGAGGAAAAGUUUGUCCUCCUGUUGAUAUUAUCUAGGAGAGCUAUGAUAGUAUCGGGUUUUAUUGCGGGUAUGAGUUAAAGUUGUUGAGGGUUGAGUUUUGUCAUCUUGGAUAACUUGUAACUAUACUGUAUAUGAGUAUGAGAAGUUAAGAGCAUGAUCUAAAGGCUUAUCUUAUGAGAUUCCAAUUUUACUAUAA